UCUGGAAUAUAUUUUUAAUAUUGUUCAGAGAAUCUAGACAUAAAAUGGCCAGUACAGGGGUCUUACCCUUUAUAAGGGGUAUAGAUCUUACUAUGAACGACUUACAGGAUGACAAGUUUCCUGAGGCUAUGGAGGAUAUGACGUCAUUACGCUGGCUUAAACUCAACAAUGCUAACCUGACGAAGAUCCCUGAUGAGUUGGGAAAGCUGGUGAAGUUGGAGCACCUCACCAUCAAGAGAAACAACCUGGAGUCCCUCAGCUCACAGCUCAGCAACAUGCACUGCCUUAGAACCUUGAACCUGCGUUACAAUAAUCUUACACACACAAAUAUUCCCGUGGAGGUUUUUGAGAAUGAGGAACUCUCAACCCUUGAUCUUUCACACAAUCAACUACAGCAGAUACCAGAGGGGUUACUGAGGUGCCGGAGUUUAUUGGUGUUAAAUCUUUCACACAAUCAGAUUGAGAUGGUUCCAAGUCAGCUGUUUAUGGCAACAGCUGAUCUUCUUCACCUUGACCUGGCGAAUAAUGAACUAGAUGCGCUCCCUCCACAGCUAAGAAGGUUGGGUAACUUGCAGACCUUAGUGCUGAGUAACAAUCCUCUCUCCCACUUCCAGAUCCGUCCCCUCCCCGCCCUCACAGAGCUCAGAACUCUUCACCUUAGGAACACACAGAGAACCCUCUCCAACAUCCCUGUAAACCUGGAACCCUUGGUUCAUCUGGCAGACGUAGAUCUCAGCCAGAACCAUCUUACUAAGAUUCCUGAGGGAUUGCUUGUGAUCUCCGGUCUGAAAAGAUUAAAUCUGGGCAGUAAUAUGAUCGACGAAGUGAGUCCAGGGAUAGAGAGAUGGAAUCAAUUAGAAACCUUGAUUCUUUCAAGGAAUAAGAUAACAAGCCUGCCUGGAAGCCUCUGUAAGCUGUUUAAACUCAAGAAACUGUAUGUAUGUGAGAACCAGUUAGAUUUUGAAGGAAUCCCUGCUGGUAUUGGUAAAUUAUCUUGUCUGGAAAUAUUCUCUGCUGCUGAUAAUAAUUUAGAAAUGAUUAGAGAAGGUUUAUGUAGAUGUGCUUCCUUGAAGAAACUAAUUUUAGCAAGGAAUAAAUUAAUCACACUUCCUGAUGCUAUUCAUCUUACAGAACUUCAAGUUUUAGAUCUUAAGGGUAACCCUGAGCUAAUAAUGCCUCCUAAACCUACUGAGCUGAUGCGAGGAGCUGGAGCAGAAUUCUACAAUAUAGAUUUCUCUCUACAAAACCAGCUUCGUCUUGCAGGGGCUAGUGUUCCCCCAGAUCUACAGGAUCAGAGGCAGGAAAAGGACCCUGUAGCGAGGAAAAUGAGGUUGAGACGAAGAAGAGGGGAUGCAGGGGAGGCUGACGAGGACCAGAAAAAGGUGCUGAAAGGAAUGACAGAUGUAGCUCUGGAACGUGAGGCUGGGGUGUUGGAUGAGAGUGCUGAAUCUAUUAAAGCUAAGAAGUGGGAUGAAGCACUAGAGAAACCUGCUCUAGACUACUCAGAGUUUUUUGAUUCAGAUGUUGGUAGCUUCCCAGGACUCAGUAUUUGGGAGAUAGAAAACUUCUAUCCGAACCAGGUUGAUGAAUCUGUUCAUGGAAAGUUCUACGAAGGGGAUUGUUACAUUGUCCUGCACACCUUCCUAGAUGAAAACCAGAGCCUGGAUUGGGGAAUAUAUUUCUGGAUCGGAGAAAAAGCGACAUUAGACAAGCGAACAUGUAGCGCCAUGCACAGUGUUAAUCUUAGAAACUAUUUAGGUGCUAAUUGUCGAACUAUACGUGAGGAGCAAGGUGAUGAAUCAGAAGAAUUCUUGAAAAUAUUUGGACCCAACCUGACCUAUGUACAGGGACAACGUACUGCAUCAGGAUUUUACACCGUUGAAGAGGUUGAGUACACUGUACGGUUGUACAGAAUUCAUGAAGCAGCAAAUGGAAUUCAUUUAGAGGGCGUAGCAGCUGAGUUCCAAAGUCUGGAUACAAGAUAUGUUUUCCUCCUGGACGCAGGCCUUAGGAUAAUGGUUUGGUACGGUAAGAACUGCAAGAACGUGUUAAAGUCUAAGGCCCGACUAAUGGCUGAGCGGAUUAACAAGAAUGAAAGGAAAGGGAAGGCUGGAAUCCAUAUAUUCUGCCAGGGUGAUGAACCUGGAAUAUUCUGGCAAUCUCUGGUGGAGUUUGCGGACGAGGAUUCGUAUCCUGAAGGUCCUAUUGUGGACAGUGUGCCGGAGGAUUUUAAACCUUUGGUGCCUAGACUCUACACAGUUGGACUAGGAAUGGGAUAUCUUGAGUUACCACAGGUUGAGAUCCCUGGAAAUAAGUUGAAACAGGAGCACCUGAACACGAAGAACGUGUAUAUCCUGGACUGUUACUCCGACCUGUUUGUCUGGGUUGGAAAGAAAUCAACACGGCUGGUGAGAGUGGCGGCUCUCAAGCUCUCUAGUGAGCUCUUCUCUAUGCUGAUCAGACCAGAGUAUGCUAUGAUCCAUAGUCAGUCCGAAGGAACUGAGUCCCAGGUGUUUAAGACCAAGUUUAUCGGCUGGGAUGAUGUCAUCGGGGUGGAUUUUACGCGAACAGCACAAAGUGUACAGAGAACAGGAGCGGACCUACAAAAAUGGGCGAAACAACAAGAAACUAAGAUUGAUUUGUCGGCGCUGUUCCAGCCUCGACAGCCUUCAAUGUCGAAGGAGGAGGCUCAGAGGUUUGCUGAGGAUUGGAACGAGGAUUUAGAAAAAAUGGAGGCGUUUGUUUUUGAAGGAAAGAAGUUUGUGAAACUUCCCGAGGAAGAGAAAGGAAUAUUUCAUUCCAGGGACAGCUAUGUUUUUCUUUGCAGGUAUUGGGCUCCGGGAGAGUCGGAGAACCCUGAGGAGGACGAGGAUGAGGGGGAGGACGAUUACCAGUGUGUUGUCUACUUCUGGCAGGGCAGGGAGAGCUCCAACAUGGGCUGGCUCACUUUUACCUUCUCCCUUCAGAAGAAGUUUGAAAGUCUCUUUGGAGAAAAACUGGAAGUUGUCAGGAUGCAUCAACAGCAGGAGAAUCUAAAGUUUAUGUCUCACUUUAACAAUGGACUUCUCAUCAAACAGGGAUGUAGAAAGGAGGUGCGCGGGCCCGGCUGGAAACCCGAAUCUGAGUUUUAUCAGCUGAGAUCUAACGGAUCAAGUUUAUACAGACGCUGCAUCCAGCUGAAAACGGACUCCUCUCUGCUUAACUCCUGUUUCUCGUAUAUUCUGAAGGUUCCCUUCGAUGCCGAGGAUAAGAGUGGGAUUGUUUAUGUGUGGAUAGGAAGUAAAUGUGAUCCUGAUGAAGCCUUGAUAGCUGAAGAUAUUGCAAACAAUCUCUAUGAUCAGGAACACUUCUCUCUACAGGUGUUAAAUGAGGGUGAGGAGCCUGAUAACUUCUUCUGGGCCGGGCUGGGGGAGAAGAAGAGCUACGAGACCGAGGCAGAGUUCCUGAACUACUCCAGGCUCUUCCGCUGCUCCAACGACAAGGGGUUCUUUACCGUGACGGAGAAGUGCUCCGACUUUUGUCAGGAUGAUCUGGCAGAUGAUGAUAUUAUGAUCUUGGAUUCAGGCGAACAGGUUUUCAUGUGGAUGGGUCCUAGGUGUAGCGAGGUUGAGAUCAAGCUGGCAUACAAGUCUGCCCAAGUAUAUAUACAGAAUUUGCGCGCUAAGCAGCCGGAGAAACCAAGAAAGCUGUUCCUUACCAUCAAGGGGAAAGAGAGCAAACGGUUUACAAGAUGCUUCCAUGGUUGGAGCGGCUCGAAACCUGUUCAUAGUUAAUAGCUCCCAAAAGUAAAGUAUUUGUUGAGGAGCAGUCUAUCCACUAAAUUAAGAAAUUUUAGACAAGUAGCUGCUUUUAAAUAUUGUUUAAACAAGACCCGCAGCUUUAGCUCUUGUUCAUAUUCCAAGAGGCUGCUCCCAACUUCUGCUCGUGGUAAAAGUUCAGAGUAUGAUCAUCUCCCUGAUUUAAGGUGGUUUUCUGACCAUAUUCCAAUCCUAGCACAAUAAUUUAUCUAUUUUUCAAGCUUGGGGGAGACAUUAAAAGACAAGUCCAUCCCCCUUCUAUUCUCCGUCCAAGACACUUUUUAUAUAUUUACACAUUUAAAUUAUAUAUAUUUUAUAUUAUAUGUUAGCAGAGGUGCGUACUGCUUAUUUAAAAAUGCUAACAAUAACAUGUUUAGCAAUUUCAUGCCUCCUUACAUACGCUGGCAAAGUUACUGAAUUCUAAAAAAUUCACCGUCAGAUAUGAUCCACUAAAACCCAUGUAGACAAGGGUAAGUGGCUGGAGCUCGACCCUGGAGCUUAACAUAACAUAGCCUACAGGACAUGAUACUUUGACUGUAGGUUGAAUGUUAAUGAUAAUAAUAAUAAUAAUAUGUUUAUAAAAAUAAGAGUUCUCUGAUAUGUAUCCAAUGCACGGGAUAUAGAUAAUGCCAUACAUUGAUUUAGCUUUAGUAAUAUAAAGGAACAGAUUGCAAGUUGGGUGAACAAAUUGUAAACAUCCAAUCUGAUUUUUCUGCACUCUGUCUCUAUCUUGAUUAAGAUGCUCAUUCGAAAAUUUAUUUCAACUAGAAAUUAACAAAAUUUACAUUAAUUAAAACAAGUGUAUACAGAUAAUGAUUCAUGAUGUGUGUGAAUUGUAAAUAGUUUAUAGUUCAUUAAAUGAUAAAAACGAUGGUGCAUGCACAAUGUAAAUGCGAAAAUAUUAGUUUUUAAAACUGCAGAAAAUCUGUACUUUUUACCAAAACUCUUAAUUAAAAAAAUUUGUUUCAGAUUUUUUUGGAACGACUUGAAAGUGACAUUAUUAUCCAAUACUUCCAGAAAAUGCCGCAAGGAAUGUGACGAGCACUUAUUUUCCAGAGCUAAAACUUUAUUUUUCGACAAACCACGAAUAUACCACGCGUAUUGAAGUUUUCUUUUUGAAUAAGAACAUAGUUAAUCUUCCACCCGAACAAACUUUCAAAUAACUUUGCGCAAUUUUUGCAAUAAUUGGAUUUGAGGCAUCGCAAUCUACUUGUAUUUUAAAUAAUGCAUCUAGACUAAUAUUUUUUUAUAUAAUAAAAUUGUUUCAUAUUUUGUAUAAUUUCUGUUUUUAUAUAUAAAACCUUUACUGUUGCAUAUGCU